AUGCAGCGCAAAGGGAAAAGCAGCAGGUCUUCAAAACCUCUGCUGCCCGCCCCGAUUACACUCGGUACUUUGCUGGCACCCCCCCGCACCCCCCCAGGGUGGGACUACCACCACCGCUCCUUUGGCUUGCGAGGAUUUGCGGAAAGCGUGAGGGAGCACGGGCCGCGGGCGGGACGGCGCUCAGGCCUGGCCAAGAGCUCUAAUCCCCGGGAGCCCGAGGAAGAGGAAGGACGGCAGAGGUGCCUACUUAAGAUGUCCGGUUUGCCGCGGACACCCCGAUCCGCUGCCUGCGGCGCUCGCACAGCCCACCCGGCUUCCGACUGCAGCGGGAACGCGCCGCAGCCCACGGGAAGUUCUGGGUUACGGUGGGAGGCGUUGCACCUGCAUUUCGCGCUGCCGCCCGUGAGCUUGAGCUCUCGAAAGAGGCAGGGAAGGCAGAAAAUCUGGGCUCAGAUCUGCUCGAAACAAAAGUGGCGAAGUCUUGCUGCGCGGGCCGGGCGCUGCCGUAAGCCGUGGAGCAGCGGGGGGCUCCUGUUCCGGCACGGGGUCGGUCCCUUGGCUUGCCAGGGCUCCAGCUUUCCCGCUGCCCGUUCCACGCCCCUUCCUGAUCUCGGCCAGGCCGCGAAAGUACGGCACGGCAGGUCGUGUGUGGCGGGAGCCGUGCCCUCCUCGGCAGGGUGCCCGUCUGUCGAAAAGGGCGGAGUCCCUGGCCUGCUGGGGAGCCAUGUCCUGUGUCUCACCCCGUGCGGUGACACUCGGUCCCACUCAAGGCUCCGCAUCUUUCUGAAAGACGUGAGGGUUUCUGGAAGACCAGAAGCAACUCAAGUCUGUGAACUGUCCGAGACUUCCGAUAAAUCAAGUGCAGAAAGCGAUUCGGAGGCUGAAGUGGAACAGGUCUCUGUGUAUCGUAAGCUCCUGGCUACCCUGAAGACCUCUCCUGAGUCUGAGAGUGAGGAAGAGGAAGAUGAAAGUGAAUCGGAAGAAGCUGGGGAAAGUGAGACAGAAAUGGACAGCGAAGGGUCCCAGGAGACCGGAGAAGCAGGUGGAGGUGAAGAAGAUAAGAAUGAUGUACUAGACCAGGAAGAAGUUACAGCUACAGACACAGCAGAGCAGACGCUUGCCCAGGAGCAGGCUGAUGGUGGGGAUACCUCUUGUGACCCAAGUCAUGGAGUAAUUGAGGAGUUUACUGAUGUGAAACACGAAUCUGAAUUUAGCUUGGAAACCAAUUUCAUGGAAGAGGAGAGUGGAGACUGCAAUGCAGAUAAGAGAGAGAGCACUUCUUCACAAGCCUGUUCAGAAGAUCCAUUUAAACAGCACAUGGACAAAGAACUUGAAGAAAAAGAAGUAGAAAAAAUGUCUACGCUUCCUAAAACUUCAAGUCAAAGCAAGUGGCCAAGGCUGGGCCAACUAACUUUUUCUUCCACUUUGGAGAAAUGCAAAACUUUGAAAGCAGACAAAGAAGUCGAUGUGAAACAGCUUUAUCUUCACAAGCCUUUAGAAUCCACUUGGCCAAAAGUGAAUAAACAAUUUCUCUCCUCGGCGAACAAACCAAGCGAUCCCUCUUUUACCCCGUUACAAAGAGAGCUCUUCUGUAUCAUGAAUACAUACCGGGACUUGUUCUAUCCAGAAAGAAAUGCUUUAACAAAUGGAGAAGAAAUCCGGCAUGCUUACUGCUUGCAUGCCUUGAACCAUGUUCUGAAGGCAAAUGCCCAGGUGCUCAGCAACAACGCCAAACGAAGAGACCAAAAGCCAGGGACUGACAAUGAUGACUACAGGGAUCAGGGGCUCACUAGACCUAAGGUACUGAUGAUAGUGCCCUUCAGGGAAUGUGCUUUGCGAAUUGUGCAUAUUUUCAUCAGUCUUCUUGAAGUGAAUGACAAGAGGAAAAUAGAUGUAAGUAAUAAAAAGCGCUUCAAAGGGGAGUUUGGCUCUGACCCAGAAGAGAAGCCCCCCAACCUGAAAAGGCCUGAAGAUUAUGAAGCUGUCUUUGCUGGCAACAUUGAUGACCACUUCAGAAUUGGGGUUGCGAUUCUUCAAAAGAGUAUGAGACUAUAUGCACCAUUUUACUCAUCGGAUAUCAUCAUUGCCUCCCCCCUGGGUAUGAGGACUAUUAUUGGCGCAGAGGGGGAGAAGAAGAGAGAUUUUGAUUUUCUAUCAUCAAUAGAAAUUCUCAUAAUUGAUCAAGCAGAUAUUUACCUGAUGCAGAAUUGGGAACAUGUUCUGCACCUGAUGAAGCACAUUAACCUGCUGCCUCGGGAUUCCCACGGGGUAGACUUUUCCCGAGUGCGAAUGCUGAAUCUCAAUAACUGGUCCAAGUACCACCGCCAGACGCUGCUGUUCAGCGCUCUUCAGGAUCCCCAGAUUAACUCUGUCUUCAACAAACACUGCUUCAAUUACGUGGGGCAGGUGGCCGUCCGCAACGUACCGCUCAGUGGCUCCAUUAGCCACGUUGUGGUCCAGCUUCCUCAUGUUUUUCGGAGGCUAGAAGCUGAAAAUGUAACUUCUGUAAUAGAUACAAGGUUUCAGUUUUUCAUCGACAAAGUUUUGCCUGAGUACCGCGAUGCCAUCAUGUCACACACGCUCAUUUAUGUUCCAUCAUAUUUUGACUACGUGCGUCUUCGAAAUUACUUCAAGAAAGAGGAGCUGAAUUUUACUCACAUUUGUGAAUACACUAAAAAGGCUGGCGUCUGCAGAGCAAGACGGUUCUUUCUCAAGGGAGAGAAGCAGUUUUUAUUGUUCACUGAGCGCUUCCACUUUUACAAAAGGUAUACGAUAAAAGGCAUUAGGAACCUCAUUUUCUAUGAGUUACCAACCUACUCCCACUUCUACAGUGAGAUUUGUAAUAUGAUGAAGGCCACAGACAAUGGAGUGGAUGCUACUUGGACCUGUACUGUGCUCUACUCCAAGUAUGAUGCUCAGAAAUUGGCUGCAGUGGUUGGCAUAGAUCGCACAGCUCAAAUGCUACAGUCCAAGAAAAACGUGCACCUCUUUGUUACAGGAGAAAAUGAAUAAGUGAUACUGCAGACUAGAUGUCUAGAGGGACCUGGAUUUUACUCCUAAUGCACUUUUUGAUGUUGCUUUUUUAAAAAGUAUUAAACUUUUUACUCCCUUUUACUAAGUAUUCUGUUGAAAUUGUUCAUCUAGUAUUAGAUUUUGUAUUUCAGUACUCUGUCCAACAAGAAACGAAGGAUGUCAUUCAAGAAGGCAGGGCUUGGGGGUUUCUUCUGUAUAGAAACAAAAUCAAUCCAGAACUAUUCUUCUUGUAUGUUGAAAAACUCACUGGUCAGUAAGGAUUGAUG